AUGAGUCAAUGGUUUCCAGUCAGCGACUUGGCGAAGACUCUCGUGAAGGAGCACGCUCGCGAGCCCACUCCACCACCUUCCAGGCUCAUUGGUCUGGCCAGUCUGGAUGGGACACCCGGACGGCUCCUGGAUUGUCUGACCAAGUACAGCAAGGCUGGCCUGGCUGCCAUCAAGCCCUCCUCGUCCUCGAAUGUCUCUACACCAUUGAGACGUUUCCAGAGAGACUUUGAGAAUAAGGUUAGAGCGCUGCCAUCUGUACAUGGGACGCUCGAUGCGAAGUGUGUUGCCACGAAGAUCCAAGACCUGGGGAUCUCCCUGGACACGAAGUUCCUCUCAUGGGGAUCCUCUGGGUUUGACUUGUCACUUUUGAAAAAUUGGCUCCCGGCCGAAGGAUUUGACAAUGUGCUGCCUGCGGGCCAAAACCUUUGCUUACUCCUUUUGGAGUUUCGAGCCAAUGUCGAUAGGGUACUCGGACGCGAGUGCUUCCGAGGGAGAUCUUUCCCGCUGGGGCUGCCCACCUUGUUCCGUGUGGUGUUCGGAGAGGACGAUCCUCUGGUGGGCAAGAACCAUCAUGCAGUUGUCGACGCGAUGCAAUUGUCCCUCUUGGCCAUUGUGUUCAUCGAUCUGUGCCGACCGCCUAAGAAGCGGCUUUAUUGGGACGGCAAAGCCGUCAAGGGGUUGAGGCCCCCCCAUAAAAGACAGAGCUCUUUGGAGGCACCACUCUCGUCCACGUCCCUAGAGAAGAGGGCCAGGACUGAAUGA